CCCUGGUUAAGCGGUCAUUACAGACGUCGAACAUGUCAACAGCGUGUGGAUUUUCAGCGAAAAUUAACGUUAAUGUAUUUAUUACGUGGCUAUAAAAGGAAUUUAAUUUGUACAAAGAUGUCAUCUCCGGGAAGGGAGAUUUGAAAAGUUAUGGAACCUAAUAAUGGCUCAAGGACGGUACCACUCAACAGCUCACAUGCCAAUCCCACCGACAGCAAUCACGUGAGACCAAAUCAAGCAACACUGACACAUUCUCCUCUGAAGAAAAGGAUUCCCAGAUGGGUGGUAGCAGUAAUCAUUCUCAUUCUCGUCCUGCUUCUGGCUGGGGCUGCUUUGUUGGCUUGGUACUUUCUCGAGUACAGCGUGUGGGUGCUGGAGCCGCGUGUGGAGCAGCAGUACACGGCUCACGUCCACCUCCUCAACAGAAACUUCUCCCGCCCGCUCUCCUCCCACGGCACCCGAGAGUUCCUGGCCGAGGCCAGGGCCGUGCAGGCCAUGGUGAAGAAGCUCGUGAAGGCCACUGAUAUUUCACGUUACUUCAACUCCACCACUGUCUUUGCUUUUGGGGAGGGUAGCGUGGUGGCCCACUUCUGGCUGGUGCUGUCCGUCCCCCAGAGCCACACCGACGGGGUGACCCUGCAGCGGGUCAGCAGCCGUCUGCAGCAGCAGCUGGACACCCACACGAGCCCAGGGGCGGAGGACACGGCCAGCUACGACGGCUACCUGCUCCACCUGCCCUCCUUCACCAUCAGAGAAACUGACCCCAAAGUUAUAGAUCUUUUGAAAGCUUCCUUUGACUGCUACCGGUACCAGGCGGUGGCCCCCAGGGGCCUGGUGGCUCUGCGGGGCCCCAACACGGAGCGCUCCUCCUGCCUGUGGCACCUGCAGGCCCCCCCGGGCUCCCAGCUGGAGCUGCGCGUGGACUGGCUGCUGCCCGAGUGCCGCGACCGCCUGGCCGUCUACGACGCGCUCACGCCCUCCGACCCGCACCUCAUCACCUCGCUGUACGGCUGCAGUCGCCAUGAGCCCGUGGUGAAGCUGGUGUCGUCGGGCGAGUGGAUGACGGUGGUGUGGAAGCAGGGCCUCUAUAGCUACAAAGACCCUUUCUCUCUGUCCGCACAGGCCUGGAGCCUACAGGCCUGUUCCUCCAACAUCACCCUGCAGCCUGUGAGAGGGGUCCAAGGUGUCCUGCAGACGCCCUUCUACCCCAGCUACUACCCUCCCAACGCCAACUGCACCUGGCACUUUACUGUGCCCUCAGCUGAGUACGGUCUGACACUGGUUUUUGAGGGCUAUGAGCUGACCCGGGCCAACUACAACCACGCCUGCACACAGGGCCUCUGGGUCAUCCAGAAUCGCAGGUUGUGUGGGACACGUGGGCUACAGCCGUAUGCUGAGCGUCUCUUUCUUUUAUCUGCGUCGGUCACUGUUACCAUGACGUCCGAGGUGUCCCUCACUGGGCCUGGCCUCCAGGUUCACUACAGCCUCUUUAACCAGUCUGACCCAUGUCCUGGACAGUUUCUGUGUACCCUAAAUGGCUUGUGUGUGUCAGCCUGCGACGGCGUCCAGGACUGCCCAAAUGGCCUCGACGAGAGGAACUGUGUGUGUGUGGCCCAGUACCAGUGUCCAGAGGACGGCCAGUGUGUGGACUACCACAAAGUGUGUGACCAGCACCCGGACUGCCUGGACGGGAUGGACGAGCAGAACUGCACUAAAGGGGUGGAGUGCUCGGACAAUACAUAUGUGUGUGCUGAUGGGACGUGUAUGAAGAAGCCCAACCCAGAGUGUGACUUUGUUAAUGACUGUCCUGAUGCCUCGGAUGAGAAGCACUGUGAGUGCGGCCUGAGGCCCUUCUCCAGCCGGGUGGUGGGCGGCGUGGAGGCAUCCGAGGGGGAGUGGCCGUGGCAGGUGAGCCUGCAGGUGAGCGGUCAUCACAUCUGCGGCGGCGCGCUCAUCUCCCCGCAGUGGGUGCUGUCCGCAGCCCACUGUUUCUAUGACGACCGUCUCUUCCAUGCCUCCGUGUGGACGGUGUACCUGGGGAAGCUCUUGCUAAACCGCAGCGCUGUGUCUGAGGAGGCCCUGCGCGUCUCGCGCCUGCUGCUGCACCACUACUACGACGCCGAGACGCACGACCACGAUGGCCACAGCUGGCGGCUGGAGCUGCCUCGCGGAAGCGCCGGCCCACUUGGCCCGUCAGCGCAGCUCGCUCUCGGCCAUGACCACGAGGCCCGCCGCCUGCUCUGCUGGGUGACCGGCUGGGGCGCGCUCAAGGAAGGAGGAGGAGGCAGUGAUAAACUCCAGAAGGUGGACGUGCGGCUGGUCAGUCAGGAGGCCUGCGUCCGUUCCUACGGCUACACGGUCACCUCUAGAAUGCUGUGCGCCGGCUACCGGAGCGGAGGGAAGGACGCGUGUCAGGGGGACUCUGGCGGCCCUCUAGUGUGUCAGGAGCAUUCCCAAUCGAGCCGCUGGUUCUUGGCCGGCGUGGUCAGCUGGGGACGAGGCUGCGCCCGACCCGACUACUACGGCGUCUACACACGAGUCACUAAAUUCACACGCUGGAUCGAGGAACACAUCCACUCUUGAGGCCCUCCUCCUCCUCCACCUCCUCCUCCUCCACCUCCUCUUCCUGCCUUCCAGGAACUGUAGGCGAAUGUGGAUGCGGUUAUCUGUGCUGUAGCUAUCAAGUCUCUCUGAAUUGGACAGGGGUGGCACUGAAGAUCUCUGGUGUAUAUACAUAACUGCGUUUAUGAAUGAGGGCCGCCAGAGUCCCCCUGUAACACAAACACACACACACACACACACACACACACAAAUACAAUCGUGCACACACACACACACACUGCUUUUCUCUACUGCGGACAAGUCUGUGCAAGAUGUAAAUGUAGUGUAAGAUUUUAUGUAAGUCACUCGUGAUCUGGGGGGACAAAUGCACCCAUAGUUAGCUUAUCAACUUACAUAGAGUGCCCUAUUUAAUUUUGACACUGAAUGACACAGACCCGCACUCAGAAACACACACACACACAGGCACACACACACACACACACACACACACACACAGAUGUGUUUUUCUCAUUUCCUCGAUCUGUGAGAGGAAGAGGAAGUUACAUGUGACAGUUGUGCUGUCAGUAUUACCCUCAUUUGAAACAUUCCGUUACCUCAUCAUGCUCCACAUCUUUAUUUGGACCCACAGCCUGGCUGUUGAUCAUAUGCCACAGUUUUGAUUCUAUUUAAGAUCCAGCCCAUGUAGGUCACCACCAAAACAAGACUGUUCAACUAUCCAAAAGUUUUAGUUUAAAAAAUAUAAUUAAUCAAUAAUAAAGUGAUUUAUUUAAUGUACAAUAUCUAAAGGAGGUAAUAGGUUGUGGAAAUGUCUUGUCAAACAUUAAACAAUACAGGAAUAAA